AUGCAGCAUGUGAAAAACUCCGAGUGGCAAAACAGAACAACAAUCACCCACUUCAUCCUCCUAGGGUUUGGCAAUGUCGAGGACUUGAAUGUUUUCCUUUUCCUAUUAUUUCUAGCUAUCUACCUUGUGACUUUGUCAGGCAAUCUUCUCAUUGUUGCUCUCGUCAUGGUUGAACAGCACUUGCAUACUCCUAUGUACUACUUCCUGGCAAAUCUAUCAUUUUUGGAGUCCUGCUACACUUCUACGAUACUACCGAGAAUGCUGGUCGGUUUUGCUACAAGGGACCAAACCAUUUCUCUUGUGGGCUGCAUUCUACAGAUGCAUUUCUUUUCUACCCUGGCAGCUACAGAAUGUUACCUCUUGGCAGUCAUGUCAUAUGAUCGCUAUCUAGCCAUAUGUAAACCUUUGCAUUAUGCCACACUUAUGAAUGAGAGAACAUGUAUCCUGCUUGUUUCAGCAUCAUGGACAAUUGGGUUACUGCUUAUAACUAUCUUAACGUGUUUGUUGUCAGAACUCAGGUUUUGCAACCAAAAUACAAUUGACCAUUUCUUUUGUGAUUUCACCCCUAUAGUUAGACUUUCCUGCAGUGACACACAGGUUGUUGAAACGGCAGCUUUUAUAACAUCCUCUAUAGGGAUCCUGCCUACAUUUCUCAUAACUGUGACAUCCUAUGGUUUUAUUAUCACAACAAUCCUGAAAAUCCCAUCCAAUACUGGAAAACAAAAGGCAUUUUCCACUUGCUCCUCCCAUCUCACUGUAGUUUCCCUUUUUUAUGGAUCCUUAAUAUUUGUUUAUGUCUUGCCGACAACUGAUAAGUUCAAAGAUCUCAAUAAGGUCUUCUCUUUCUUGUACACAGUCCUAACCCCGAUAGCCAAUCCUUUCAUAUAUAGCCUAAGGAACAAAGAAGUGAGGACCAGUCUUAGAAAAACAUUUAAUCAGUUCCGAGAGUUUUCUAGGAUACAUAGAAAAUUAUGCAUGUUUGAUUGA